AUGACUUUGCACUUUGUCAUUAGGCUUAAAUUACAGAGUGCAUGUUAUCUGUGUCUAAAUGUGGAAUGGGAGGCCAGUGGAUUCUGCGCCGCAGAGGGAGAGGUGAUCUCGGCGCUGCACGCAGCGACCCUGGGCCGCGAGUUUGGGCAUCUGAUGCGGGUGUGGCCUGUGAUCACCUACAGCUUGUCGCCCUUGGAGCAGCGCGCCUUCCCGCACUACUUCAGCGAGGGCAUGCCCAACAUGCUGCACCGCACUCGGGCGUGCAUCUUUCGCGUCGUGCCGCCAUUUGUAGUGUUUUAUUUUGUCUACACAUGGGGAACACAGGAGUUUGAGAAAUCCAAGGGGAAGAAUCCAGCUGCCUAUGAAAAUGACAAAUGA